GAGGCUAACGCGCAGCCUUUUGUGCGCGUCCGUAUUACUGUAUUAGUGUGUGUUGAAUAAUUGUUAAUAAAUUAAUUAGUGAAGUUGAUUACGUAGUUUUGUUCUUGUAUUUGUAAAUGAGGUAUGUUUGCGAAAAAGUAUAUAAUAUUAUAUAAUCAGAAGUGGGAUUUGUUCCGUAAAGAACGUAGUGCGUUUUUGUCGUUCGGGGCUUACGCCGUUUUAGUAGCGUGAUCCGCUGUAACGUACGCGAUCGCGAAUUCGUUUCGGCGUGCGAACGUUAGUUAAGUAAAGUGUGCGGAAACGGUCCCGAGAUUCGAAAAGUAACGGUCGAACCGCGUUUUCGGCUACCGGCCGAAGUUACGCAGCGAGUUGUGGUUAGCUUUUGUUAUCGCCGCCUGUGACCAUAAUACCGUGAUAACGAAACCUGGUUAGCUAUUGAUAACCCGACGUCUGAUAGUGUUCUUAUCGAGAACCUCGUUGUUUUGUUGUGAACUGAUAAGUGCCGCUGAUAAACAACAUGGGUGACAAGGAACCCUCGGGCGAGACGAGUAUCAAAAGCCCGUCGUACCUAUAGUCUAUUCAAAAUGAGAUGAUGACUCGGCGGCCAAGUUGUGCGCAUGGGCGUGGCUUUUGUUCCGUAGUAGCGCUUGAGGCACCGCCGCGGACGGGAGCUUUAAUUAGUCUAGUAUCGACUGCCGAUGUGUGUGGAUAAUUUAAAAUGCAUUGCGCGUAUUUUUUGUAUGUCUGUCGGUCGCGGACGCACACACGCACAUCCACGUCUCGCGUGACACGUCCCCGUUGCUUCGGUCACGUGAUCGAUGCUUUUGGAGGGAGUAUGACCGGCGGCUGACCAAAACUGGUCGCCGCCGAGUCAUCAUCUCAUUUUGAAUAGACUAUAGAAUUAACGGAAAAUAACAAGCGGCGGCAUAGUGUCUGAGCCGAAGCUCGAGUCUGUUGCGCAAACGACUACGACGACGCGUCCGGAGUACCGGGUGGUUCCGGACUUGAGCCGGGCAAUGACCUCGUUUACUGGAGAUGAGUCUCCGCUGCAGGCGGAAGAUUGGCUGGAGGAAGUUAAAGGUAUGACGACCUUAAAUCGAUGGCCGUUCGAGUACGUGUUGCAGUACGUGCGUAUGCAUUUGACUGGUCCGGCCAAGGAUUGGUUUACUGGCCGUGAGUUUUCCGAUUGGCGCGAAUUGGAGCGGAAGUUCUGCCUAGUAUUUGUGCGUGAUGCGUGUGCGGCCGACCGCGAAGACGAGAUGCGUGCGCGGAAGCAAGGGUCUAAUGAGACUCUCAUUUUGUAUAUGCAGCCCAAGCUACGCAUGUGCCGGGGUAUCGGACAUACUUUUGCGGUGUCUAAAGAUUACGUCCUGCGAGGACUGCGGUCGAAGGAAAUGGCCUUGUACGCCGUUGUGCGGACACACGCCGGCGAGGAAGACCUAUUAGGUGACCUAUUGAAUUGGGAACGCAUGUCUUCAUUGCAUGCUUCGGCGGUUGUGCCGAAAUAUGUUGCUCCGCAAAACGCGAGAGGAGCGCCAGUCCGUCCGCUACCAAAAAAGAAAACGGAAGAGAAGGCGAAUCCGAAUAAGUGGAAAAAGUUCUUUAAGACCGUCGUGGAGGCGAGUGGAUCGAACCGUGAGGCGUCCUUCUCCAGCUGUUGGGUGUGUAAGAAAUCCGGCCAUUUGUCACACGACUGUCCAGACAAGGUGAGUCGCAAACCCGUGUGUUUCGGGUGUGGUGUUGAAGGGCACAUUCGACCCAACUGUCCGGAGAGAAACCAGACUAACUUCGCUGAAGUAAGAACUGUGACAUCGAGCCAUCCCUAUAACAAAUCCAAUCUCAAUAGACAUUUGAAAAAUGUGCAUGCUGUUGUACGCGCUCGACCACAACGAGGUGAAAUUGAGAUCGCUUCGAAUAUUGUAGUACCAGACCUAGCAGCAGGUCCAUCAAAACAGACUAGCAAUGUUAAUAAUAAUAUGCUGAACGAUUAUUUUAGUGAUGGGUAUGAUGAAAUGUUAGCUGAAGUACCUGAAAAUUAUCAAGGUGAUACAGCUGUUGCACGCGUUCGACCACAACGAGGUGAAAUCGAGAUCGCCCCGAAUAUUAUAGUGUCAGAUCUACCAGCAGGUCCAUCAAAUCAGACCCAAAAUGUAAAUGAUAUGGAUGAUUUCAAUGACAGAAAUGAUGUAUGUGGAAAUGCUUGACAAUGCCGGACCAUGCGAUGCGUCAGAUUCUUAUAUGACUACUGUAGGGAAUAAGCGUGUUCACGUAGAAAAUACAACAAACCGUAUUAAAUCGAAAAAGGCUCGUAUGGAUAAGGCUAAUGCAUCUGGGUUCGUGGAGGUUAAAUCCGCACAUAGUCGAAAAAUC